UACUUGUGGACCACUGGAAAAGUCUGUGGAAACAUUUAGAAAGGCGGGACGAAAACAGUUUAAUAGUCCACCACUUCAACCUGAAAGUCAGUCAAGCUGUGUCAACUGAAGUUGCCUUGUCCUGUGCAAUCUCCUCGAGUGAAGCUGAGAAAACAAUCAGGAACGAGAAAGGCAUCAAGAUGGCAAGCGAUGGAGACACAGCUGCCCCUCCAUUUAAUGGCAAUGUUGACCAGACCGAUAAGGAAGACUCAAGCCAAGACGAAACAGAGGAACAAACUGUAGAAGCUUUAAAAGAACAGCUUCGUAAAAAAGAGAGAGAGAACCAGGAGUUGAGAGAUGAGCUCUCAAGGUCAACCCAAGGGCAAAAUCAUGUCCCCUCACAACCAGUACAGCAGGUCCAGAAUUAUAUCCUCAUCAUUAUUGACUCCACUGGAAAAUUCAUAAAUGAGAAGAAACUCUUCCCUAGGGACAAAGUGGUUAAACGCGUCUGCAAAGAUACUCAACAAGCCAUGGAAGUUCUGUCAGAUCAGCAACUGGGAAGCCCGACCCACAUCAUCAUCCACACAGGCUCCAGUGAGGUGAGGGCAGAUCCGGACAGGUUGUCAAAAUCUCUCAAAGAAGUCAUAUCGAAAGCUUCCACCAAUUUCCCCAACAGCACAGUGGUCAUAUCAGCCCUACUUCCAAUGAAAAACAUGGACACUGACACCAUCAAGGAGAUCAACAUCAAACUCAAAAAGGAGUGUGAAAACUUCAAUGUCCACCUUGCCACACACCCUGACCUAGAUGUAACUUGUCUUCAUGAUGAAGGCUAUCUGUUAAAACACAAAGUCCACAUCUUUGCCAAGAAAUUGAAAGACGUGGCUCUCAAUAGAGACACAUCCAGAUUCGAAAGAAAUGCCCAGGGAAGUAGCAGCUCAACAAAGAAUUUUACUUUUAAUUUUAAUUGCUACUAAGACCUAGUUGUAAUUUGCUACUGUAUAUCAGCCUUGGUACAGAGUCAUUCAAAGAAAUUUAAAUAGUGACCUUCACACUUUGUGAAUAAAUUUGUGUUUAUAAAUAAAAUUAGAGGGGUAACAAAUAUGAUUUAUUUUUGUUCUGUAAUUACAUUUAUCCACUUAAAAUCUUGCUUGAAUUACGUUACCAUAUAUGUUUAACAUUAUAAUCCACUAUGAUGUAUUGAAGUUAGUCAUUGAAAGUUAUAGAUUGCGUACUGACAGGAGCCACAUGCUGGAAACAAACUUCCAUAACAAAGUUUUUCAUCAUCAAAUAAAAUCCACCAAUAACAAAAUCCAGGAAAAAAGAAAUGCCUACAGGAAGUUUAAAAAGGAGCACAUGCAGACACCACAAACACAACAACAUGGACCUAGGCUGUAAACACACAGAUAAGACAUGAGGGAUGAAAUACAGAUGAGAUUAAUUCUCAGCUGAUGGAAAGACUCAGGGAAUGACAGACAUGAAAUAAAAGUAACACAAGACAUCACGGAAAACUAACCUCCAGAGUAAAACAGGAAACAACUAGAGAAGACCACUAACCUGAACACCUGACAACAAAUAACAAAUAACAAAUAAUAAACCAGAAUAAAAGUUUCAAGGAAGAGAUCAAACACUAUACAAAGGAAAUCCCAGAGGCUAAAAGUAACAGAAGCAAAGACAAACACAAGAAACCAAUUCUGAUUAACAAACAGUAACUGACUGGACUGCUAAAGAGAAGAAGCUCAUAAACUCUGGAUCUGAGAUCCAUGAUCUGGAAAAUGGGAUUGUUUUUGCUGUUAUCGUGGAUUUUAGGCUCAGUACUUGUUUCAUUUUAAGUUUCCUUGGCUUUCAUUCUAAACACAGAACCGCCCCACUUCCUUUGUAACAUGAGUUUUUAAUGUAGUUACACCAGAACUUUUCCUCUGUUUCAUAAAGGAAGGUUACAAUUAUUGGGUCUAAGACACUUUUACAUUUUUUAAUUGCCUUAAUUAUAUUUUGAUUUAUAUUCUGUCUUGAUGUGGGACAAAAUUAAUCCAAUUUCAUGUAAAAGACAAAGGCAAUUACAAGUCACAACUAAGCAGUUUAUUUUGUAAAUAAUUUCAACGAUGGUGAAGGAACAUGAUAAAUACACCAGUCUCUUGUACUUCUGUGUAUUAAAAAAAACAAGUUAAUUGGAGUGAAGAGAAUAAAUGGAUGUUUGUUUUAUAGGUUUUGAUUUUAUGAAAAAUACUUUGUUGUGAUAAAAGCAGAGCACUGUGGCAAAUGAACCUGCAACAGAAAGAUUAAUAGCUGCAAAAGAUUUAAUUUUGUGUGUUUCUGUAUGAAAUAUUUAAAUAUUACAAAUCUACAAACCAAGUAUCUGAUUUUGUUUGAAAUGUAACCAUUAAAGUAAUAAUGUUGGAAAAAAA